AUGGAGCUUUACGGAAAAUCUUUGGUUGCGGUGCCUACAAAUGUGAUUUAUCUGUCGAGUAUUUUAGGCGAAGAUGGGACACAUUCUGUUCACAAGUGCGAUUGGAAAUGUGAAAAUGAACGUGUGUGUGGAAACAUGUAUCGCUGCAGGCUAACCGGACUAACUCACAUUUGUGACAAAAACUGUAACCAGCGAAUUCUGUAUGAUAAUCAUAACUCACUUUGCAGAGUAAGCAGACAGGUUUUCCCUCUAACUGAGGCUGAAGAGAAGGCUGUGAAAGGUGUCCGUAGAAAGCUUGAUGCUGAGAGUUCCUCUUCUGAUACUUGUGCCUUUAAGCGCAGACGGAGCGCACAAUUUCAACCUUCUCCUUUUGAGAGAUCAUUCUCUUCUGCUGGGCCAAUCUGUAGUCCAGUCGGAGAUUCAAUGGAUAUGAGCUAGGAGAUACCAUUUUAUCAUUGACGAACUCCUCUUUCAUAUUUUUCUUCUGGCAUUACCUUUAAGGAAGUAGAGAUAUUUAACUGCAGAUGUGACUGUGGUCCAUCUGUUGGAAGAACUUAUAUUUAAGACGUGAUGUAUUGUAGCGCUUUAAAUAACCUGACUAUCGUUAGGAGUUUGACAAUGCUGCAUGAAUAUUAACUUCUAUUACUACAAGUCCAAAUAGCAUUUGAUUCAUUUAGGAAUAUGAAUUAUAACUAUUGCAGGGUGCUUCAGUCAACAAGAUUGCUGGGAUUUAACACAUCCUCCGCAUCUAUGCAAUGAUUUGGUCCUUGAUUCCUAGUUUAUUGUUUUGGUCUUUGGAUAUAAUAUUGUUUAAUCUUUCUCAUCCAAUAAGUAUCAUAUCUACAUCUAAAUUAUUAUACCAUUUGUUUUUUAGCUCAUGCUUAACAGAUUCUAGCCAGUUCAAGUGAAUGCCAUAUAAAGUUAAUGUUGGGUAUAUUUAGUUUUCCUUUUUUUGAUAAUGCAAAUUUUCAUCAGGCUCAAGGACAUUAUUUCUUUGGUCUAUCAUUUGUAUCUUUCUUUUGAUGAAUUGUAGGUCCUAAAGGCUGAUGCCAUAUUUGCAGGAUUGAUGCAUGUUCACCUCAGAAAAGUGGAGAGAACUUAUUUCUGAUAAUUGUAGUCUAAAAACUUAUAUGGAGCAAGGACAUGACUAAUUUGUUCCUCUUAUCUUGCAGAGUGGCGUUUGGAUCUUUGCUUUCUCUCUUUCAAGGGUUUGCUGUGACAAUGAAGAAUGUCUUAUUGCUGCAAAGCCUGCAAUAAUCAGUUAAUGCUUCCCAGUUUUGUUUCACACCAUCCAUUCAGUGGUUUUAUUGAUGUGAAUAAGCAUCAAGCAAAUCCUUUACUUGCCCCUAUAUGUUCCAGUCAGUUAUCAGUGGACUAAUGAGUUAGAAGUCGAAGCUGCAUUUCCCUGCAAUUCAAGGGUAUAUAUAAAUCUAAUUCAAUCAGGUCAAACUUGCAGCAUGAACUUAUUUCGGCUUCGAUAUUGUCUACGGGGAAUUGCUCUUGGACUGCUUUAAGUUGCUGCAAAUUACAAGGAUCUGCUCAGGUUUAAUGACCAACCAUAGCAAUCUGAUAGAAGUUUGUAUAUUUGCUUGUAUGGGAUGGAUCCGCGCCGUUUUUGUAAUCCUGUGCGCAUUUAAGUAUAAUUUUUGCUAGAUUUCCCUGGUUCUGCUUUCUUUUAUGCCGGUAAAGCAGUAUUACUUUCUCCUCGUAGUACUGUAAAAACUCGGAAUCAAUUAGUUCUUAAAGUAGAUAUUUUUUCCAUUA